CUGAGUUUAAGUAAGUUAUAGUAAUAAUUAUUUUGUAAUGGCAACUGGUGAAUUUAUGAAAAAGAAUGUGCUUCUUUUAAGUUGCGGUUGUUACAGCCCAAUAACACACAUGCAUCUUCGUUUAUAUGAACUGGCUCGAGAUGUUCUUCAUAAAACUGGUAAAUUUAAUGUUGUUGGUGGCAUAGUAUCUCCAACACACGAUGGUUACAAAAAGAAGGGAUUGGUUGCUGCCGACCAUCGGAUUGAAAUGUGUAGACGUGCCACCAAAUCGUCUGAUUGGCUCAGAGUAAGCACUUGGGAAACUGAGCAAGAUGAUUGGACAGAAACUCGAAAAGCUUUACAACAUUUCCAAGAACUAGCAAAUAAUCAAUCUGGUGAAUGCAGUGACUUGCCACCGAACGUCGUAGUCAAAUUAUUGUGUGGAGCCGAUCUGAUUGAAUCAUUUAAUGUGCCUGGUUUGUGGAAAGAUGAUGACGUCGAAGCCAUUGCUAGCAGCUAUGGUUUAGUUGUUAUUACUCGAGCCGGUUCAUUCCCUAUUAAAUUUGUUGAUGAACAUAAAAUCCUGCAAAAAUAUAAAGAUAAUAUUCAUAUCAUUGAUGAAUGGAUUCCCAAUGAAAUCAGUUCAACCAAAAUAAGACUGGCUUUAAGUCGAAAUGAAAGCAUCAAAUAUCUUGUCGCUGAUUCUGUUAUCGAAUACAUUAAAGAACAUAAACUGUACAGAUAAAGCAAAAUUCGUGACCGUUUUACACGAGACAAUGAACACAUGAUGUAUGAACUCAGACACACCUGUAUGUAAAUAUGUGUUCUAAAUAUAUAAUACCAUGAAUAUAGCAUAUUUUAACAAGUUGUACAUUCUGACUGUUUGCA